AUGGCAGCUUCGAUUGCUUUGAAUGUCUUAGAUAGCCUGUGCCAAGUGAUUGUGAAAGAAGCAUAUUUGUUUCUUGUAGUGGAAGAUCAAGUCAAGACCCUUGGAGACCAGCUCAAACUUAUGGGUUCUUUCCUCAGAGAUGCAGAGAGAGCAGAGGGUCAAGAACAUAUUGCAAUGGAGGAAUUGGUUAUCCAAAUUAGGGAUUUAACCUAUGAAGCUGAGGACAUCAUUGAGAAAUACUUGGUGGAUGGAUGGAUGUGUAAAUAUACCCAGCAAGGAAAAUUUAUCCGAAGAGUCGAAACAGGAUUGGAAACAAGACUUCACUUUCCUCUUCUUGUUGAGCCCACAACCAAACAGCAAUAA